UAUUCCCUCAUUAAUGCAUAUCUUGUAAACGCAAAGAGAGAGGAGAGAAAGAGAGCUUGCAAAUGGCAUCAACACUUCUAUUCAAGGUGGUAUUUGUUCUUGAUUUCAUUGCUUUUGCGCUUGCUCUUCAAGCUGAGCAGAUGAGAAGUACGAAGGCAAAUAGCCAAAGCAAUUAUACACUCGCAAGAUCUGCAGACAAAAAAGACCAUAGCAAGAAACUUUGUCCUGUGUAAAUUCAGUUGAGGGGCAGCCUGAUGGAUGUCAGAGUUCUGUUCUUGGAUCAGAAAUUGUUUAUUGUGGAUGCCAAGGUUGUUACUGACCUUGAAUUCAAGUACAAUUAUUGUGUCUACGACUCAGAGAUUGCAACAAGUUUAGGAAUUACUGCAACUGUUCUACUUUUGGUGAGUCAAGUGCUCACGAUGAGGUGGGCCUGUCUAUUCUCCUUCUGCUUCAGAAAGGCCCUGAAGCACGGAGGUUGCGGAGCUUGUGCACUUAUCCUUUCCAUCAUCUGCUGGAUUACGUUCUUGGCUGCUGAGGGAUGCUUGCUGGUGGAUUCUGUGAGGAAUGCUCAACACACCAAAUACAGGACCAUAUUCGGUCAGGACGCGCCUUAUUGUCAGACAUUGAGGAAGGGAGUUUUUGAGGCAGGAGCAGCUCUCACUUUGCUCACAAGUUUAUUCUCCAAGAUGAAUUAUGUCUGCUGUUUUAAGCAUCAGGAAGGCUUUGACACAGAGAACACUGAGUUGGGAAGCUACACUUCCAUUUAAUUUCAGUAAAUUUGGUUUUUAGCAAUAAUUAUGUAUUCAUUCAGUUUGCUUUUUAGAAAAUUUGCUUAAUAGAAUGUUUACCCAACCGGCCCAGCAGUCAAACCUGUUUAGGUAGCAGGUCCUUCAACCAGGCAACAUGAAGCCUUUUAUCAUUCGGCCGACCCAUUUCGUGGCUACCUGGCCCCAGCUUGCUUUUCUACACAUCUUUUUUGUGCAAAAAAACAGGGUCGAAGCCCAAGAAAGAGAAAAAGUAAACAACUCUAAAAACUAGGAUUGAAAUCCAUGCUCUGUUAAAGAAUUGGAGAAGAAAAAAAAAAACAAACAAAAAUAUAAGCUUAAGAGUCUCUCCAAACCUAUGUUACGUAUUUUUAAUAGCCUAAUAAGAAUGAUAUUAGCCAAUUUGUUUCA